UACUGGCUCCGCGGGCGCCACUAGCAUAAAAGAUGGAGUCUCAUGGGAAGGAGCCUGAUCUCAAGCCGAUUUACCACCAAUUGCUGAGUCCCCUGUCGCUCUUCCCCCGCAAGGCGACGCCUCCAGAAGCUCCGAAGCACGCCUCGCAAGCCGCCUUAACUUUGCAAUCCUUCUCGCUCGCGAAACUGAGAGUGGGGCCGCUGUGCCGCCUGGUGUCCAAGCGUCUAGCAAGCAGCGGGCGGGCGGCGCGGGUGACUCCCAAGGACCGACUCUAUCUCACCCAGGUUAUCCUAGAGGAGCUGAAGUGCAGCUGGCGGGAACCUCCUACAGAACCUAUUCUGAACUACGAAAACAAUCAGAAGCUGAGGAAGCGGCUGGAGUCCUAUGUGCUGAUUUGUAGUGAGCAGCUCUUCAUACGCUACCUGCACCUGCUGGUGACCCUCCCCAUCUCUAGAAAGGUCUUCACUGAAUCGGCCACCCUCAGCCGGUUGGCAGCCAGCCUUGCCAGGGAUUGCACAAUCUUCCUCACCAGUCCCGAUGUCUACCGUUGCCUGCUGGCUGAUUUUCAGACCCUGCUGAAUUUAGAGCAGAGCCGGGGAGGCAUAUCCAGGCUGCGGCCCCCUGUUUGCCCCCCUGGGACUUUCAAGCUCUGUCCAAUCCCCUGGCCUCACAGCACGGGCUUGGACCAAGUGCCAUGCUCUAGCCUCAACCUGAACUACCUUGUCCAACUUAGCCGCCCAUAUGAUUUCCCCAGUGAGCCGGAGCCUGAUCCAGUGAAGGAGUUGAAAUCCAUCCCCCAGCUGAAGAGUAGAAAACAUCUCCUCUGGGUGCCUUCCGUGAAAAAGGAAAAAGAAGUUGCAGUGAGUUCCUCACAGACAGCAGCAGCAUUGCCUAGCCAUUCUCCUCCCGGCAGCGAGACUUCUCCCCUCCCCACUUUGCCAGUCUACCCCAGCCUCCGAAGGGGCCAGUCCAUGCCCUGUCUUCAUGAGAAAUGGAGUCUGGCAGAUGAAUUGGGCCUUUCCCCUCUCUCCCCUCACCCCCUCACCCCUCUGAUCUUGGCUCCAGAGAGCAAACCGCAGCUGUUCCGGGACGUCGCGGCUGAGGAUCUGAGACAGAAGGUGAAGGUCAUGAAGAUGGAGUGGACUCACUACUCCCCACUGGACUCGGGCCUGCCCCCCCUCCUCGGGGUCCUUACCCGGCGCCUAACUGCGCAGCACCACAUAGAAGACUUGCAGCGAAUGCUGAAGAGCCUGGAGGAGGAAGAAGCCUCCGGACAGUGGGAUCUCCACCCGCCAAGAGCCACUCCCUUUCACCCACAGCCGGUGACUGUUACUCUAAAGCUGCAAAACCAGGUCGUGGUGCAGGUAGCUACUGUGCAACUCUCUUACAGAUACUAUUCUGACACUUUCCGUGUUGAGGGGGCUGGAGCCCUGUACAACCAUCUGGCUGGGGAACUGGAUUGCAAAGCCAUCGAAGAAAUGGAUUCUCACCGUCUUGUUGGCAAUACCACCAAAGAGGUAUACAAGGAAUUGAUGAGCCGAGUCUCUGCUGGUCAUUUCUCUUACGAUGAAGGACCCCAGACUGAGCCUUGGGCAGAUAAAGACUGUUCCUCCUUCCUGUCCUCAGCUUGUAUAUCCCAAGAUAAACAUGCCGCAGUCAUUAACCAGGAUCUGGUUGGGUUUUACUCCAAGAGACCAAGCACUCAGCAGGUGAGCCCCGAGAAGGUGCCUUCCCUCUCAUUACUUCAAAAGCACAAAAGCUGGGACAAGCGGCCAAACAGGGGCGUGGGGAUGAACUGGUGGAAGAUCGCUGUAUCUUCGGAUGACUACUUCAUGUACCUCGCCACUCAAGAGUCGGAUUUCCUCCAUGUCAUCUUCCAAAAGUAUGAAGAAGAGGCUCCUGUGGAGGUUGCACUUCCUUCCAAAGAGUCCCUAGAGAUUCUGAACCCUCUUCCACUGCUGGAAGAUGAAGAGCCAUACUUUGUGCCAGGAGAGUGGAAUUGGAGCUCAGUGAUAGAGGACAGCUCAGUAAUUGGGAAAGCCCACAUGAUAACCCUGCAAGAGCGUCUAGAACGACUGUGGGUCAUGUUGGAAGUCCCUGACCAGAGCCGCCUGGACAUGGUCAUUAAGUACAGCUCCAAUGCCCGCCUGCAGCAGUUACCAGCAUUUAUCAGGGCCUGGGAGCACGCCUUGAAGGUCAUUCAGACGCGGGAGUUGUUGCUAGGGAGACUGGAGUGGUUUGAGCGGCAAGCCUCGGACCCCAAUCGCUUCUUCCAAAAGCCUGAUUUGGCGCUGAGUCGAGUCCUGGAGGAGAAUCGGAUCCGUAGCCAUCUCCAAAUGAAGCUUACUCUAAUGGAAUCUUCUCUGACUUCCUUGCUGGAAAAUGUAGAGUCUGUCUUUGGGGAGCCAGUGACCUUCAAGGGGCGUCGCUAUCUGGAGAAGAUGAAGCAGGACAAAGUGGAGAUGCUCUACUGGCUCCAGCAACAGCGGCGGAUUCGCAACCUGAUCCGGGCCCAGAAAAACUUCCACCGACCAUCCAUGCUCACAAGGAACAGCAGCCGGGCUCUUAUAGCUCCGGGCAAUACACCUACUACCCACUAAGGGGCCA